AUGCAUUUGAAAAAACUUUUAUUCUUAACCAUUUUGACCUUAUUUUCCGUCUCUUUUUCUGAGGCUAAUUUUAAUAACUUGAAUAAAAGAAAUAAACCAAAAACUUGCCCGAAUGCUCUACUCUCGGCUACUUCUGAAAAAGAUAUAAAAGGACAAAUGUCCUUUUAUCAGGAUCUCCAAGGAGAGAUAUGGUUGACUGGUACUUACCAAUCCGGGUUUCAAAAACCUGGUACUUGGGAUUAUUGUUGGACAAUUCAAAAUAGUUGCGGUGAUAUUCUUUUUAAUAUCACUGAUCAGUUAUAUAUGGAGUAUACAAAAGGUAGUGGAUGUAAUGGUUAUGAUGAUGAUUCAAAAACAACAAGUUAUAAAAGGAAUGAUGUUUAUCUUAAUAAAAGAAAUAAAGAGAAAUGUGAAGCUGGAGCAUGGGGUACUAAGCCUUGGGUAGUUAAAAUGUCAAAUUUAACUUGGGAUUGUGGUGAUGAUAAAGGUUUCAAAUAUCAAACUUGUGAGGGUAAAGACAUUUAUAAAGACAUGGUUAUUGAUUAUACUAAAGAACAAAUUCCAAACCGGCUUAAUAAUCAGGGUCCUACAAGUGGUCUUUAUUUAGUUAUUGAUGGUCAAAGUAAGUGGGGAAAACGUGCAUCUAUUACUUCUCCUGCUGCGAUUAAUGUUAAUAAUGAAGGCAAUGUUGUAGCACCACCGCCAGCAUAA